AUGACCGUCAACAAGAACCUGCUCUCGGUGCCACAGAUUAACAGCCAUAGCAAGUUUCAAGUCGUGUUUGACGGGUCCAAGAUGUAUGUGACUCUCAAGAACUCACAGCAAGUGGUGGCGACAGCGGAUCUCGUGGAUGGACUCUACUGGCUUCGGACGACUCAACGAUCAGCGAAUGUGACAACAAGCGGAACCAGUUGUGCCGAUCUACAUGCGAGAAUGGGUCAUGCUCCAGUCGACGUGCUUCACAAGAUGGUCUCCAAAAACAUGAUCAAAGAUGUGGGAGUACCUCUCAAGUCAAGUGGAUCAGGUACAUGUCGAGGGUGCCAGCAAAAGAAAAUGGUCCAAAAACCAUUCCCAAGCAACCGCGACAAGCGUAACUACUAUACGUUCGAGCUGCUUCAUCUGGAUAUCUGUGGGAUCAUGGAAAUCGAAUCGCUCGGUGGCAACAGAUAUCUGCUACUGAUCUCCGAGAGUGAAGACUACAUCCGAAAGUACAUUAGUAUGGUACAGACGCAGUUCAGUAAAAAGGUUAAGUUUGUGCGACACGACGGAGCUCGCGAGUUUGCAACCAACUCGCUUCAACUGUUCUACGAAGACGAAGGCAUUGAACAGCAGACAACGGUGCCGUAUGCACAUCAAACAAACAGAACAGCACAGCGUGCCAUUAGGACUAUUGUCACGAUCGGCCGCAGCAUGCUUCAUCAUGCCAAACUGGACAAGUGUUUCUGGGCCGAAGCAGCGAUGACGGCCAUCUACGUCAAGAAUUGA